UGCGUGUGUUCCUGCGGAGCUUCUGUUUCAUACUGCAGAUAUAAAUAAAAGACAGUUUACGAUUCUGCCGGCACAGCCUUCUGGGACUGGGGUGGGCUGACCCACACGGGCCUGGCCCUCGUGUCUGCCACGAGAGGGUUAGGGAGAGCACGGCCCCUAGGGCAAGGACGCCCGGGAGGAAGGGACUUGGGAGAGGGAGCCCUCACCUUCCGGCUGGGUGCCUGCCCCAGCAGGGCUCGUGGGGAAGCCGGCCACAGCCAGCCUGGGUCAGGGUCUGCUGCUGUUCCACUGCCUCUCCCUGGCGGAGCAGGGACUGCCUCCUGGAUGGGCAUAACUGUCCAGCCCCCACGUGUGCCCACCAGUGAGGCCCUAUGCCCAGCACCCAGGAGGGCCAUCUCCCAGAUGGGAAGAUCGGGUGGGCUAGCGUGCCACAUGCAGUCGGCUUUAUAUGUGAGCCGGCAGGAGGCAGCCUCAGUACCCUGGUUCUUCGUCCCUCAAGCUGGUGUCUGGCAGAGGCUCCCCCAGAAGAGGAGGGAGGGUGCUAGCAGGGCCUGGCUCACGGGGGAGGGGCAGCCCUGUCCCAGGACAGCUGCCCUUGGCGAUGAGGAACCCUGCGCUGUGCCCUUCUGAUUGGCUGGGCAGAGGACAAUGGGCAGGCGAGUGCUCAUGAGCCUUGAGCCUCUCUCCCUUGGCAAGAGGAGAAGCCUGGUCUCAGAGGCAGUGGGACCCCAAGAUCCUAGUGGGCUACCUUAUCAGUGGUGCCAGGCGAGGCCUUCUCUGGCACGGGCCACAUCUCCCUGCUCCUUAUCAGGCCCGGAGUCCACAGGACGCUCGUUAGGUUAACGUGUAACCACGAGCCCCAUCCUCCACCCCCGGAACCACCCACUCCCAGGCUCAGGCCACCCUGAGGUGUCACAGGCCACCAUGGACGCUGGGGAAGAGGGGCCACCCUUGGAGACUCACCUCUUAGUCCAACUCCCGCAUGUCCGCAGGUGGCUGGCUCCCUUCAUCCUCACCUGCUCCGUCUACUUUCUGCUCUGGAUCCCGGAGGACCAGCCCUCCUGGGUCAGUGCCCUAGUCAAGAGCCUGCCUGUCCUUUGCCUGGUCAUCUUCCUGGGGGCUGUGACCUCUAGCAGCAGCUACGCCCGGCUCCUCCAGGGUGCCCUGGUGUGCUCAGCCGUGGGGGAUGCCUGCCUCAUCUGGCCCGAGGCUUUCCUCUAUGGCAUGGCCGCCUUCGCCUUGGGCCACCUCCUCUACAUCAGGGCCUUCGGCCUCACCCCACUGCAGCCGGCCCUGCUGCUGCUUGUGCUCCCAGCCCUGCUUGGGUACUUCAGCCUCCUGCUGCCGCACCUCGAGCCAGACAUGGCCCCGGCUGUGGCCAGCUAUGGGCUGAUCCUGAGCAUCAUGCUGUGGCGCGGCCUGGCCCGGGGCAGGAGUGCCCGCUGGGGUGCUCUGCUCUUCACGAUCUCCGACAGCGUGCUGGCCUUGGACACCUUCGCCCUGACCGUGCCCCAUGCUCGCCUGGUGACCAUGGCAACCUACUACGCAGCCCAGCUCCUCAUCACUCUGUCAGCCCUCAGGAGCCCGGAGAUCAAGGCCAACUGACCAGGACCAGGCAGGCCAGUGUCCACUCCCCUCCUACGAGAGGACUCGAGCCUCCCGGCUGCAGAGCUUACUGGCGGGGCCAUCUCAAGACAGUUGUGCACUGUUGGCAAGCUCUGAGUCAGUGCACCCAGGUCCCAGGCCGUUACACCCACCCACAGCCGGCCCCGCCAGCCCCUGGCUCCUCAUGUGCCCAGGCAGCACCCUGUCAGCCUGCCCACUUCCCACUGCCUGAACCUACUUCUCUGCUGCCUCAGUAAAGCAGGUGCUGAACCCUGA